AUGAUACUUUUUGACCGAAUUGGUUUAACACGAUAUGAUAUUAUAACAAAUUGUAUAGAAUGUUUACCUAUACAUUGGGAUAUUAAAUCAUUACAAGAUCAUAUGUUCAAUGAAUUAAUUCUAUUAACAUCUGGUAAUAGUGCUGUAUUAUGUCCAGAAUUAAUAAAUAAAAAUAAUGAAAAACAAUCAGCAUGUAUUUAUACAUUUGGAGGUUAUUCACUAUUAGGUAAUAUUCAUUUAAAUGCAUUAUGUCGAUAUGAAUUAACUCAUACUAAUCUAUCAAAAUAUGUAACUAAUGAUAAUGCUACUACUACUACUACUACUACUAAUAAUAAUAAUAAUAUAACAUCCACUGGUUUAAGACCACAUUGUUGUCAUGCUUCUGUAAUUAGUGGACAUGGUAUUUUAAGUUAUUUAGCAUGUUUACCACAAGAUAUAAUUAUGCAUCAAUCUAUUAAUUUAACAAUGUUAAAAUCAUUACAAAGACGAUUUAAUUAUGAACAUUCAAUUAAUAUAAAAUUAAGAAAAAAUAGAAAUAAACAUAAUCUUUUACCAUCACCACGUGAUAAAUUUUGUAUGGAAUAUUAUAAUGGUAAACUUUAUUUAUUUGGUGGUUAUGGUCCACAAUUUAAACCAUUAUCUAUAUGGUCAAAUCAUUUUUAUCAAUGGCCAUAUUUAUAUGAUCCAAAUGAUAAUCAAAGUUGGAUUAUAUGUGAUAAUAAUGGUGGAUGGAAUAAUCAAUUAAUUAUUUAUGAUAUUAAUCAAAAUCAAUGGAAUUUAAUUCAUCAAUUAAAUGUGAUUGGAAAAUUUCCAACACCACGUGCAGCUCAUUGUUCUAUUAUAUUACCUAAACAUGGUUGGUUCAUUAUAUUUGGUGGUCGUGGUCCAUAUACUACUACUACUACUACUAAUAAUAAUAAUAAUAAUCAUAUAAAUACAUCACAACAUUUAUCCGAUUAUCGUAUGGGUAGAUUAAAUGAUAUGUAUUGUUUUAAUAUUAAUUUAAUGGAAUGGACUAAAAUUUUAACACCAUUAGAUAUACCAAAUAUAAUAAAUAAUCAUUAUAUUAAACAACCAACAAUAUCAUGUAUUUGGCCAUGUGGUCGAUCUUGGAUGAAUAUGACCACUGUCAAUGAAUCAUCUAUACAGAAUGAUUCUUCUUCGUCUUCUUCUUGUUGUUCUUGUUCUUCUUCUUCUUCUAAUUAUAAACCAAUGAAUGAAAUGAAUAUUCAAUUAUUUCUACAUGGUGGUUAUUCUAAUUAUGAAGAAUCAUUAAAUGAUGCUUAUUUAAUAAAUAUUCAUUUCUGUAAACAAUAUAAACAAUUAAAAGCUGAAAUUAUUCAUUCUACAAAAGAGGUCAAUGUUAUAUCUAAUAAUAAUAAUAAUAAUAAUAAUAAUAAUAAUUCCUAUUUAAUGAAUUUAAAUAAACAAUAUUAUAUUGAAUCAUUGAAUCCAAUAAAUAAUGAUACUAAUUCAAAUAAACCAACACUUAUAAAUGGUUAUAUAUGUUCACAACAACAAUUAAUGGAUAAUAAAAAAUAUAUUAAUUUAAAUGUGAAUUCAUUUGGAGAAAUUUUAUCCAAUGAACAAUUGUAUAUAGAUUUAAUUCAAUUGUAUUAUUCAAUGAAUUCAAAUAGAAUAACUGAAUUAUUUGAAGCUAAUCAUCAUACUACUUAUAAUAAUAAUAAUGAAAGUAGUAGUAUGAUAGAUAAUUUGAAAUUAUUUUUACAUGAUUUCAAUUAUCAUUUAUAUAUGUAUCAAAAUUCAUCUUUUACAGUACAUAAUCAUAAUCAUAAUUAUAAACCUGAGAAAUGUAUAAAUCCUAAAGAAAAAUUAUAUCGUAUUGCUUUAUUACAUACUAUAUUUAUACAAUAUUUAAAUGAAAAUUAUUGUUUAUAUACUAUUAAUAAAUAUAAUGAUAAAGAUUCAAAAAUGAACUCUACUACUACUAGAGUUACUAGGAAUAAUCAAUUAAUUGAACAAUUGAAUAAUAUAUGUGAUAUUUAUCAAUCUGAUUUAGAAUUUAAUCAAAAUUCAAUAUUUUCAACAUUUAUAAGUAUGUUUCUUAAAUUUAUGUUACCAUGGCAAAUAAUACAAAUGAUGUUACAAGAAAAAAAUAGUUGGUUAACAAAUGAAUAUCGUUUAGAAUUAAUAUAUAAAUUAAUACCACAAUUAAAUAUGAUUAAAAAACAAAAAAAUUCUUCAUCUAUAUCUAUAUAUCAAUUAGAAUUAAAUAAUCAAUUUAUUCUUAAUAAAUUAUUAUUAUUAUUAAUGAUACCAAAUCAAAUACAUAAUCCAAUUAAUUAUCUUACAUAUAAUCAUGAUCGUUUAUUAUCAUAUAUACAACAAACAAUUAUAUCAAUAUUAAAGUGUUAUCAUAAUCAAUCACCAUUUUAUAUUGAUAUUAUAAAUACUCCUAUGAAUAUAUUUACUGUGAAUGAAUUAUUUCCUUCAUCAUCAUCAUCAUCUAUUAUGAUGAAACCAUUUAAUAAACCAAUUCAUCGUCAUUGGCAUACUGUAACAUUAGGUUUAGAUAAACGUAUAUAUGUUAUUGGUGGAACUGGUCAAAAAGCAUUAGAAAUACCAUUGGAAUGUUAUAAUUUAAAUAGACCAAUUCAUUUAACUAUACAAUGUUCUAUAAAUAUAACUAAACUUAUUUUAUUUAAAUUUUUAUAUGCCAUAGAAUAUGGUUUAUUAACAGUUCAUAAGAAUCAGAAUGAUAAUGAUAAUAAUAAUGAUAAUACAACAAUCCUUCCAUAUUCUUGUCAUUUAAAUAAAAAUAAAUUAAAAAUAGAUUAUUUAAAGAAUUUAGAUGAAAAUUUAAAAAAUCUUUUAAAUUAUCAUGUGAAAUAUUUAUUAGAUGAAUGGUUACUAUAA